UUGGAGGUUCCGUGCCGGGUGGGUCACCGCUUUCUCCUUUGCUGCGGUCUUGCCGACUCCUCCGUCAUGGAGUCUGUGGACCGAGGCUCGCGUUUCUUGCUGCCUUACUUGACCCACUGUUCGGUGCGGCGAAUGAUGCCCUGGGCAUUGAUGAGCUUCAUGGUGAUCGGAUCCCUUGUUAAAGAAUUAAUGCCGCUGGCUGCUACUUACCUGAGUAACAAGCGCAACGUGCUCAAUGUCUAUUUUGUGAAAUUUGCCUGGGCCUGGACAUUCUCUCUGCUGUUGCCAUUCAUCUCUCUCACCAACUACAAUGUCCUCCAGAAUAUUUUGCCUGUACUAGUUCGCCUUUUCUCAUUGCUGGUUGGCACUAUCAUCUGGUAUAUAUGCACAAGUACAUUUUUGCUCAUUCAGGACUUCACAGGCAGUUGUUACAAAUCAUCAACUCUUGCUGUAGUGACUCAAGAACAUUCCAACCAACUACAGUGCCUACAAGCUGGUGGGAUCUGGCAAAGUUUUGAUAUCUCAGGACAUUCUUUCCUCCUUUCAUAUUGUGUUCUAAUGAUUCUAGAAGAAAUGGCUGUGAUGCCCAGUGUGAAAACUUUUCAGGGUUCUAGACUGCACAGAGUGGUGAACAGUUUGUUCUUAGCACUGGCUUGUUUGACUUUUAUCUGGUUUUUCAUGCUUCUUACUACUGCUGUAUAUUUCCAUGAUUUUUGGGACAAGAUUUUUGGCACUUUGGUGGGCCUCUCUGCUUGGUAUGGAACGUAUAGGUUUUGGUACCUGUCACCUUUAUCUCCUGGACUUCCUCCUCAAAGAACCCUUUAUUUCCCAAAGCCUAAUCGUAGGCUAUAAAAUCAGUUUGUUGACCAGAUUCUGUUUUAAAGAAUACUCAUUUUUGAUUAUCUAAAUUUAUUUCCCAGAGUCUAAUUGUGGGCCAUAAAAUCAGUUUGUGGAUCAGAAUCUGUUUUAAUGAAUAUUUUUAAUUAUUUAAAUUUUAAGACAACUAUUAAUAUGAAUAUUUACAGUGAGUGGCAAAAGAUCAAAUACUGUUUGUAUUAUGAGUUUGUGACAUAAUUCUUGAAAGUGGUUGCUAUAUUAAUAUCAGGACUUCGUUAAUCUUGGCUAACUAAAUGGAAACUGUUGGCCAGAUUGGUACUAAAAUAACCUGAGAGGAAAAUACUUAUUUUAAAAACUGUACUUUUGACUAUGAAGAGGCAAAUUUAACAGAAAAAAAUUCACUUAGAUACAAAACUCAUGUGCAAGGACUCGAUAAAUGGACAUAUUUUUGUUAGAUAAAAUAAAUUGGCCAAGAUCAUAUCUUAUUUGAGGAUUUGAUAAUUAACCAAAUGAUAGACACUUAAACAUUUUGUCUCAAAUUAUCUUGCUUGAAUAUGUAAAAAAAAGUUUUCUUUGAGUUUGAUUUAAAUCCAUAUAUUAAAACAAAAAUGGAUAGCCAGAUUAGUUUAUGCCAUAAGGGGAUUUUGGAUUUAAAACAACUGUCCCUGCCAUUCUAUUUAUUUCAACAGUCAACUUUGUACAGAUGAAAUAGCUUGCAUCAUGCACCAUUUUUUCUAGAAUUUAUCUGGCUUAGAGUCUUUAGAAUAUCUUACGUCAUGUUUUUGGCAACAUGGCAUUCCUGAAUGCUUUAUAUCUGCAAUCAACCUAUUCUGUUAGAGCAGGCUGUUACUUGCAGGAUUGCAGCUUUCACAUACUCUGCUCUUCCAGUUCUGAAUUAAAGAUGGCAGUUAGGAAAUCUAUAGCAAUGGUAUAAUUUAUUGUACAUGGGAGUUAUAUAGAAAAAACUAUAUUGGUUUUUAUAGCCAUCUGUCACAACAGGAAAAAAAAUAUUUAAAAACUCUUGUUUAGGUUCAUUGGAUACUUUGAAUUUUCUUGCAUGGUACAACCUUAUAAUGUUAAUAUAUUUAUAUUAAUUGUGUUUUUUACAGUUUUGCACUUUGACUAAAGGUAUUACACUACAAGUGCAAUUAUUUUUAAUAUAAUUGAAAAAUAAUCCAGUUGUAAUGAAUAUUGUUGCUUUAUAUGUUAUAUUCAGCAUACUAUAUUUUAUGUGCUCCUACUAAACAUUUAAUAGUCAAGCUGCAUAGUUUGUAGAUACUAAGCUAAAGUGAGGAUCUUUUCUGACUCAGAUAAAACUUCGUUUUUUAUUUUUGGUCUCCAAAGCCAUGAUAGACAUGUACUGAUACCACUGUAGGCAUUGGUUCUAAAAAUUGUUCUGUCUGUAUCUGGUUUUGGGGGUGGAGGUUUAGAUGGGAAGUAGGUAUGUUAGAAUUUUAUGGAGGCCUAGUACACUUAUCCUAUGUUUAUGUCUCCCAGAAAUAAACGUUGCAUAAAUAAAUAUUACACAUAAAUAUCUUGAGAGUUUCUGGAGCUGUAAAAAUGUGAUUGCAUGUUGUCUACUAUUUGCUUAUGUUUGUGCUAACUUUUCAGUUUUCUAAUUGUCUUGCUAAUUCAGUUUCAGAGCUUUUAGGUUUGGAUGUGAUUGAUACACUAAAUGGUUUGAAAUCUUCAUGUUAAUUAUAUUACUCACAAACUGCCUGAGUACAGGAGUUCGUAUUCACAGACAUGCCAUUUUAAGUUCCUUCAAAUUGUAUCAUACCUCUAUAUAUACUAUAAGAUAGAUACUUGGAAAGUCAUCCAGUCAAAU